AUGGUUAUAUCGUUUGGUCCAAUAUCAAUCGCCCUUUUCGUCGCUGUUGCAUCCGCUCUUUACUACAUCGGGGCCCGGUUUCUCCAUGCUCGCCUGUCAUGCCGGAAUCUUCCCCAACCACCGCAUAGCUUCUGGUUCGGACAUAUACUUGUGGCUGCCAAAGUAUCGAAGUCAUACCCUUCCAAUUCCUGUAUUCAUCAUCUGCUCAUUACCAUCUCGCGCGAAUACAACCUGCCAGACGUAUUUUACCUAGAUCUCUGGCCUUUUGCAUAUCCCAUGGUAAUACUUGGUGCCCCCGAGCUCGCUGCCCAAGUGACUACAGAGCAGGCAUUCCCGAAGGACCCUGUGGUGAACGAGUUCCUUAGCCCAUUCUUGGGGAAGAGCUCAAUAAUAUCUGUGAAUGGCGCGAAAUGGAAGGCUUUGCACUCUAUCUUUGCUCCUGCAUUUUCUCCGGCUUAUGUUCGUACGUUGACGGAUGGUAUGGUCGAUGAAGUUCUACUAUACUACAAUAAGUUAGCCAAAUUUGCAAGGUCCAGGGAAGUAUUUUCGAUGUCAAAUAUCAACGUCGAUCUGACAAUCAAUGUGAUUGGACGUGUCGUGUUCGACAGCCCGUUUCAUAGUAAGGAAGGGCAUGAUUUCGUAUCAACCUUUAGAGCUGGUCUGGACUAUGUUUUCGAGGGAGGCCAUAUUGGCCGACGGUUACUGUACGCGAUCCCAACGUGGAGAAUGGUGCGAAAAGUUGAUCGAUAUGUAGAGAAGAAGGUGAUCACUUGUUUUGAUAAGAUGAAGAAGGAGGGAUCGUCCGUCAAGAAAUCAAAAACUAUUCUGGAUUUGGUUCUUAAACAGAAGCUAGAUAAACAGGAGGACAUCGUCGGCGAUAGGGACUUCAUGGAGAUGGCAAUUUCGAAUAUCAAAUCAUUUCUGGCUGCUGGACACGAAACUACAGCCCAUACUCUCGGAUAUAUUUUUAUGCUUCUAUCCAAACACCCUGAUGCACUGCAGAAAGCUCGCUUGGAGCAUGAUCAAGUGUUUGAUCCAGAUUUCAAACGCACAGUGGAGCUCAUAAGGGCACAUCCCGAGAGACUCUAUGACCUCCAUUACACGACUGGCAUCAUCAAGGAAUCAUUAAGACUUUUCCCUAUUGGCAGUGCCGCCAGAACCAGCGCCAAGGGCCUCCAUGUCAUGUACGAAGGUAAAAAGCUCCCAUUGACAGACCAGAUAAUUCUAGUCUGUAACAUGAUAAUCCAUUACAACCCAGAAAUAUUCCCUUCGCCCGGCGACUUCCAACCAGAGCGUUUCACAACACAGAUAGUUCCAAAAGACGCUUGGCGUCCAUUUGAACGCGGCUUGCGGCGCUGCAUUGGCCAGGACCUGGCUAUGAUGGAGAUGCGCAUGGUGCUGUUGAUCGUUCUGCGUAGCUUCGACUUUGAAACGCUGGGGACCAACGAGCGCAAAUACCCAGCGGCCACGUAUACUAACCUACAUACCAUAUUUGGUGACCUUGUAUAUCAACGGCAGUCGCUUACAGCGAGGCCACUCGGUAACCAAGACAUGAAGGUGAAGUUUGCACGGGAUAUGAGAAACUCUUAA